GAAAGCUUAGCUCCGACGAAUGACGAAACCGCGAAGACCACAGCCACUUUCCCUCCUACUCCUUUCAUUGACACUCGCAACCCUCCACCUGAACAAUACCAAAGGAAGAAACCAUGGCGAAUGUCGCGUUGAUCGGAUGCACAGGCAUGGUGGGAUCCCACAUCCUCACCAGCCUGCUGUCCAACCCGAGCGUCAGUCGCGUCGACACAAUCUCCCGUCGAACGCCCCAAGUUGCUGGCGGCGCCCCGCAAUCCAAGCUCACCACUUUCGUAUCCGACAAGACCGAAACUUGGGCCGGACAGCUUUCGUCGCUCACGCCUACCCCGGAAAUCUUCAUCUCCGCCUUCGCCACCACCAGGGCCAACGCCGGCGGAUUCGAGAACCAGUACAAGAUCGAGCAUGGCUUGAAUGUUGAACUGGCGCGUGCCGCGCGCGACGCGGGCGUCAAGGUUUACGUGUUGAUCUCGAGUGCCAACGCGAAUAAGGCUUCGUCGAUCCCCUACACGCGCAUGAAGGGUGAAAUUGAAGAGGAUGUGAAGGCGCUUGGCUUUGAUCACACUGUGAUUGUGCGACCUGGUCUGAUUACUGGUACGCGGGAGGAGAGUCGCCCCUUGGAGGCGUCUAUCCGAUUCAUUGCUGGUUGGGCUGGAAAGCUGCACUCGGGAUUGAAGGAUGGCUGGGCGCAGGACUCGGAUGUUAUCGCUCGAGCGGCCGUUAAUGCUGGUUUGAAGGCGCUCGAGGGGGAUGUUCCUGCCGGUAGUGAGAAGGUGUGGAACCUUGACGGCAGUCAGAUUAUUGCGCUUGGAAAGGAGGCUGCUGGCUCGUCUUAGUGUCGGUGAUGUUGAUUCGCACGGUUAACCUUGAUUCCCCUUCAAAACAAAUUUUAGUCUUACUUUUGAGCAUUUCUUAGGUUUGUUGAUGAAAUUCACAGUAUGUAUGCUAUGAACAGAAGAAUGUCAAAAAACUUAAAAUGCAAAUCAUGAUACCACGAAAAAUC